GAUCCGGCACUGCUCAUGGUGGAAGAGAAAGAAAACAAAAAUAACGACGUGCGGCUCAUCACAUGCCGUGCCAUUCACGGCUUGAGACUUGUAAGAACCCUGUGACACACCAGGGACAGCCCCAGCAGCUCUCCUGUGCAGACGCUGGGGGAGGCCCCGCACUUGGCGCGGACUCAGUUCCAACCCGUCGCCUGCCUUCGGCUUCGGCGCUGCGAACCGCGCGGACCCGGAGCAUCGGGAGAGGGAAAUCGACGGCGCUGGCCGCAGUGGUAAAGUGUUUCAGUGUGCGGACGGGGGGCAGAUCCUUCGCUGCCACGAGCUGAGCAGCCGGGGAACCCAAGGCUCACUCAACGAGGGAAAGAUGACUAAGAGGACCUAAAGGAAGACUGUCAGCAGGGCCCGGCCUCUCCGUUGCUAUGACAACCACGGCUUGCCCGCUGGGCAGGCUGAGGCGUGCGCUUCUUACCUCGAGGUCUGGGAAGGAUACUUCAGGGGCAGGGUGUGUGUGCGUGCGGCGGGGUAAGGACAAAAAAGAAGCAUAUUCAAGAAACACUAAGUGUUUCUCCACCUCGGCAACGCGUUCGUGUCACCUGCGCAAUUUUUAAAAAGCCGCAAUGCCUAGGCUGCAUUGGACCCUAGUCAGUGAGACUCUCUGGAGGUCGGAACUGUGGCACCGCUAGUCACUGAAAGAUCCCCAGGUGCUUCCAACCGCAGCCAAAGACACAAACCCCGCUUCCAGGUGCAGAACGGCGGCGACCUUCCAAAGAUGGCAGCCGAUCCGGCCGCUUCCCCCUUUACGUGCGCCGCCAGGGGGCGGGCUUCCCGCGCGCGUGCGCCCUCCGUCUUUCUGCGUUCCGGUCCCUCCUCCGGUUUCCCCCGCCUCCAUUUUGUUCGCGGACGCUGAGGACGGUGGGAGCAGAUCCAUUUCCGGGUUGGCCAAAGGGGCGGCGGCGGCGGCGAGAAGGAGAGCUCGCCGGGGAGGGGGCUCGCGGGAAGAGACGCGAGCGGGGCAGAGCUGGCGGAGGAUUCGCUCCCGGAGCGGCUGUGACCAGGUAUAUGAGUGACCUAAAGCUCCCAGGGAAGACGGAGAGAGAGCAGUGCCAACUGGGAGCAGGGCAAGGAUGCCGAUCCCUCCUCCCCCACCGCCCCCGCCAGGCCCCCCGCCGCCCCCCACUUUUAAUCAGGCAAACACAGAGCAGCCCAAGCUGAGCAGAGAUGAGCAGCGAGGCCGCAAUGCGCUCUUGCAGGACAUUUGCAAAGGGACCAAGCUGAAGAAGGUGACCAAUGUUAACGACCGGAGUGCCCCAGUCUUGGAGAAGCCCAAAGGAAGUGGCGGCGGCUACAGCUCGGGAGCUGCUGCCCUGCAGCCCAAGGGAGGCCUCUUUCAAGGAGGGGUCCCGAAGCUGCGGCCCGUGGGGGCCAAGGACAGCUCAGAGAACCUGGCUGGGAGACCAGCCCUGCACACCCCCGGGUCUCGAGCUGCUGCCCCGAGGCCACCGGUGUCUGCAGCCAGUGGGCGGCCUCAGGACGACACGGACAGCGGCCGCGCCUCCCUCCCUGAACUGCCCCGGACACAGCGCCCCUCGCUCCCUGACCUCUCACGGCCCAACGCCACCAGCGGCCCGGGCAUGAAGCACAGCUCCUCAGCGCCCCCGCCCCCACCCCCCGGCCGGCGUGCCAAUGCACCCCCUGCGCCCCUGCCCACACCUGGCAGCAAGGCCCCGGCCUACAACCGGGAGAAGCCCCUGCCACCCACCCCAGGACAGAGGCUGCACCCUGGGCGUGAGGGGCCGCCUGCGCCACCCCCAGUCAAGCCACCACCUUCCCCUGUGAACCUCAGAGUGGGACCAAGUGGCCAGUCGCUGGCCCCUCCGCCGCCGCCUUACCGCCAGCCCCCUGGUGUCCCCAAUGGGCCCUCCAGUCCCACACAUGAGUCAGCCCCCGAGCUGCCGCAGAGACACAACUCUUUGCAUAGGAAGACGCCGGGGCCUGUCCGGGGCCUUGCACCUCCUCCGCCGACCUCAGCCUCUCCCUCUUUACCAAGCAGUCGGCCCCCUCCCCCAGCCCGGGAGCCUCCCAGUAGGGGGGCAGCCCCACCACCUCCGCCGCCCACGAUCCGAAAUGGUGCCCGGGACGCACCCCCACCACCCCCGCCCUACCGCAUGCAUGGGGCAGAGCCCCCUAGCCGGGGGAAGCCCCCGCCCCCACCCUCCCGGACACCCGCCGGGCCGCCGCCACCACCGCCGCCGCCGCUGAGGAAUGGCCACCGAGACUCCAUCACCACUGUCCGCUCCUUCUUGGAUGACUUUGAGUCCAAGUAUUCCUUCCAUCCCGUAGAAGACUUCCCAGCUCCAGAAGAAUAUAAGCAUUUUCAGAGAAUAUAUCCCAGCAAAACACACCGAGCUGCCCGUGGAGCCCCCCCUCUGCCACCCAUUCUCAGGUGAAGCCUGGCCGGUCCUGUCCCUCAGGAAAGGACAGACCUGCUCUUCUCAGAGGGCCCCCACCCCGAAACCUGCAUGAGCGCUCCCGCCCGCCUCCAGCAUCCUCCAGCUCGCCUCCAUCUCUGCCUCUCCCCCAACUUGCAACGGCUCUGAGCAGCAGGGGGCUCACGCUGCCGCCCCUCCCGCAGCCAGCCCUGCUGAGCAGAAGAGGAGGGAGCCCUGCCUUCCUGGGCAGGGGUGCCUUGUCGUGGACGGACGGACUCGGCGGUGGGGAGCAGGGCGCUGCACUGCCUGCUGUCACCCGCUUCGGGGAGGCGUGGCGGUGCAUCAACUGCUGCUGUCAGGACGCUGCACGGCCCGGACUCUGGCGAGGCAGCAUCUGCAGUAAAUUGAGGGGCAGUUCAGAGCAGCAAUCUGUUUUAGAGGUUGGGUUUGGAGAAAGGAUGGAAGCAGCUCUGCUUCUUUCCAGGGGUAUUUUGCUCUGUUCUCACCUCCCCGUCCCAGGGCUAAGGUAGCCAUGAACACUAAGUACUAAUCAGCUGACUAAACAUUUGAUCAAAGAGAGUGUGAAGUAGCCCGAGGACACUGAGCCAGUCAGUUCUGCAGCCAAGGGACCAGCAGCAGCCGAGUCCUGGGACACGCUGCCUCCUUUCCUCAGGGUGCUAGCCUGAAGGUGUUCGCCCCCCAGCACCUCAAGAGAACAGUCCCUUCUGGGGGACAUGAGUCAUUCCUGUCACAAGCCCCCGGAACCUCUGCUGGGAGAUAGGAAGCUAGGGCCUGGGGCUCAGCCUCUGCCGUGGCUGCUCCUGACUGGCCCUGCUGCGUGAGAGGCGCUUUGUGCCCUGCUCAGCUCCUGGAGACCAGGGACAGAAAGGUGAAGCACUUGGAGGGCUGCAGAGGGCCUUAGGGCCAGCUCCUUCGGAAGCUCGGCUGCCUUCCCCUUCCCAGGACCGUAGGGCAUGGGGCGGGAGGCAGUAGACCCUUAGGGUUGCUCAAGGGUUCUCUAUGCAGGGAGCACAGACUUGAAGAGUUGUGCCUGGCCCAGGGGUCUACCCUGGCAGCUAGCAGUAUGCUUGUGUCUUCCAGGCCCUGGGCCCAGAGCACAGAGAAAGCAGGUAGAGGCCCUGCUGAGGCUGGAGGGUGGGGCGGUGGCUUUCCUUCCUCCAGUGGCCGCGGGGGCUCCUGGCUCCACACACCAGCGGGUCGGUUUGGAGAGGCUGCCCAGAGUUGGCGUGGGAGCAGAGAGACUAAGCUGACCUCCUUCCUCUGUCACCGGGCAUGUUGCAGGUUUACACUGCCAUGGGAACCUUUCGUUUUGGCUGGGCCACAGGCUAAGGGUCUGGGCCAGCUCUGCCCAGUGCCAGGCGAGGAAGGGCUCUGGAUCGUGUGUUCUGAGUGCUGUCCCUUGUCAUCCCCUGGACUGCACAGACUGGGGCGCAGACCAUGAUAAGAUCUUGCUGUAACCGUUCUCUGUUUACCGCUGUUGUCUUCUAAUGCGUUAGCGGUCACCUCCCGAAGUCUCCCCGGCAUCCUGAAGCGAGGAGGGCCGAGAGGCAGGGGCAGGAGUGGCCCUGCAGCGCAGCCCCGGGUAGACACUGACAAGCGGCGGAGCUUUGACUGUGAAGUCUUCCCAUUUAUUUUUGAAAUGGGAGUCGAUGCCUUUUGUACAAUGUUCUCAAAGUGUGUCUUUCCUUUCCCUUUACUCAACGUAGAGCGUCAAAGCAAGCAUCACCAAUAAAGCCAAACCCCAGUGUCUCCUGGGGCUGCUAUCUUCCGCCUCAUGACCUGCCGCCCUCGUGUCCCCCAGCAUUUGUGCUGUGUCACUUAGUAUGGACUGUAUUUUCACCGCUGGCCUCAAGACAAAAAAAGGCGUGGCUCUGGGUCUGACGGGGUGGCUGUCCUCCGAACUCGCUGGUGGCGCAGCACUGUUGGGCUAGCUUUGCCUUACACGCUGUUUGGUCCCGCUGUCAAUAACAGACUUAUUAUCACGUGUAUUUGCUAUUGAAGAUAGGCGCGGACCCGCAUGGCUGGUCUGUUUUCUGUCUACAGAACUUGUGCUGUAAGUUUAAGAUGGGCACUAACCUUCUCACCUUUCGAACUGCUCCUGGGGUCUGUAGGUGGGAUGACCUCUCCAGGUAAGCUGGGUGGUCUCACGUUGAGGCUGCCCUUACUUCCCUUGUUCCCUCCUGGAGGGAAGUGGCGUUGCUCAGCUUAGCAUGGAGAAGCUGCGUGGACGGCCCUCUUGGUGGUUUGGUUUGUGACGUUUUUCCCCAGUGGGAAAAGCAUCCUAGUCGCUUUGGUUUAGAUGCACGAGAUGCCUCCUUCCCUCGCCCUGGUCCCCGAGCCCAGGCCAAAGGGCUCUGAUAUCCCAGGUGUGGCUUCUCUGCUGCAGGGAUCUGCUCCAGCUGUGAGCGCCACUGUCACCACAGCUGGGGCAGCAGAGUGAGUCUGGAGCUGUCCCAGGCACCAGCUGUCACACUGCCCCCCCAGCUGGGAACCCACAUUUACCUCCUGAGAGAGGAGAGGAAGUUGUAAAUAGACUUGCUACAGAGCAACUCAGGGUUGGGGUGUGUGUUCGUUCUCCUGAUAACUUGAAAUAAUCUGUAGGCGCACUUCUGGGGUGGCUGGGGCCCUUCCCUUGUGUAGAGGUGGGGUGGAGCGGGGCCUUGGGCGGCCCCUGACGGACGCCAUGUGGGUGUCUGUCCUUCCACAGCCCACUGCCCCACCAGCUGCAGCUGGAUUCCGCACAUUCCGCUGUCCUGUCUGUCCCUGUCGCCUCGGGCCCCUGGUUGUGCAGCCUGGGUGGCUGUCUGAGCCACCCGAAGUGAGGGAAUGGGAGGCGAGAGGGCCUCACGGCUCUGCCUCCAAGGUUCACCUCUUAAAAUGAAACAAAAUUAUAACCACCUGCAAAACCACAUGCAAAAAAGAGAAGAGGCCUGUGUCCCCGAGGGGGUUCCAUCCAGCUUCACGUCCAUUGUGCCUUCACUCGUGCGAGAUUCCUGUGCUCUCCUCCUCUGCGUCUCUGAAGUCAUUAAAAUCCUUGAUAAUGGCCGUUUCCUCCUUCCUAGUCUCCUUUCUGACGCUCGCGGGGCUGCUUCUAUGCCUUCACCCCGUACGCGGGCUCCGAGGGCCCUGGCCGCCUCCCCGCGAGCCUGGUCGCGGCCCCUUCGCGCGUGGCGGUCACAGGCAACCCUGAACAGAAGAUGGGAGCGGUGUGUGUGUGUCCGUCUGUAUGCAGAUCACUUUCUUUUAAAGAAUAAUUUAUUAUAUGAUUUAUCUUAGAGUUAUAUUCUCAUUACAAUGCUCCUUCCAAGUAGCACUGAUUAUUUUUUCCCACCCCUGAAAUGUAUCAUCUGGUCUCAGGUUGGAUUCUUCGGUACGUUUCGUUCUUUGGAUGCCUGUGCAGUUUAAAUUAAACCUUGCUAAAAACAAAAA